UUCCGGUCGACUAACUCGCGAGCGCCCUCUGGGACCUUAACAAAUCCAGGAAGUAGGCUACUGGAAUUCAAAGAAUGUGAGUUGUUCACAGCCUCUCUGAGAAGUUCAGAUCACGCUUUCACGCCACAGAUAUCUAGACGGUUGGUGCUGACAAUGUCUCAGGUGGAUAAACUUAAGCAAGGUCAGUUCACCAACCCAGAGACACCUGGAUAUGUUGGAUUUGCAAAUCUGCCCAACCAAGUCCAUCGAAAAUCUGUGAAAAAAGGCUUUGAGUUUACGCUCAUGGUUGUUGGAGAGUCUGGCCUGGGGAAAUCAACCUUGAUCAACAGUCUGUUCCUCACUGAUCUCUACCCUGAGAGAAUCAUUCCUGGAGCAGCAGAAAAGAUUGAGCGCACUGUGCAGAUCGAAGCUUCCACAGUUGAGAUCGAGGAGCGUGGUGUGAAGCUCCGUCUAACUGUGGUCGAUACACCUGGCUACGGAGAUGCCAUAAACAGCCAAGACUGUUUCAGUACCAUUAUUUCCUACAUUGAUGACCAGUUUGAGCGUUACCUGCAUGAUGAAAGUGGCCUAAAUCGCAGACACAUUGUUGACAACCGUGUCCACUGCUGUUUCUACUUCAUCUCCCCUCUGGGACAUGGGCUGAAACCGCUUGAUGUUCAGUUCAUGAAGGCUAUUCACAAUAAAGUGAAUGUUGUGCCUGUGAUUGCCAAGGCUGACACCCUCACUCUGCGUGAAAGAGAGAGACUGAAACGAAGGAUUCUUGAUGAGAUUGAUGAACAUGGCAUCAAAAUCUACCAUCUGCCUGAUGCAGAGUCUGAUGAAGAUGAGGACUUUAAAGAACAGACCAGAAUUCUGAAGGCCAGCAUUCCGUUUGCAGUGGUGGGGUCAAACCAGCAGAUUGAAGCCAAAGGAAAGAAAGUGCGUGGGCGGUUGUACCCAUGGGGUGUGGUAGAAGUGGAGAACCCGGAACAUAACGACUUCCUCAAGUUGCGCACCAUGCUCAUUACACACAUGCAGGAUCUACAGGAGGUGACCCAGGAUUUGCACUAUGAGAACUUCCGAUCUGAACGCCUGAAACGCGGUGGCAGGUUGUCUUCCCAUGGUUAUGUUUUGCCUCUCUCGCCUGUGAAGGGCCCAGAACCAUCAGAGGAGAUGGACAAGGAUAUUAUCCUGCAGGAGAAGGAAGCUGAGCUCAGACGCAUGCAGGAAAUGAUUGCUAAAAUGCAGGCACAGAUGCAGAAGCAAGGUGAUGGAGAUGGAGAUGGCCUGCAUGCUUGAAGGGCAUAACGCCUGAAGGGUGCAUAGCUGCCACUUAAGAUGGGAUGGAAGGAAAACUUGCUAAAGUGCGGAAAAGUAUGGCUUGCCAUGGUUUUAUUUUAGGUAUAACUCCUGUGUGGAAUUUUUGUAUUUUCAAUUGUAUUUUUUUGUAAGCAGUAUUACAUUUUGUAUUAUGCAUAUACUGUUACAUUACAUUUAAUAUUUGACUGAAUAUAAUCCAAAUGAAGAAUUAUGCUUGUAUUUUCUCCAUUUUGUUUCGUUUCUUUUUUUUUAUAUUGCUGUUAAGAGCCAUACACACACACACACACACACACACACAUACUUUUUUUUCAGUGUGCACAUCUGUUGCAGCAUUUACGUUUCCACCACAAUUUAAAUAAUUUGAUUGUUAUUCCCUGUUAUACCUUGCCUAAAUGUAUCACUAACCUGUUUUAGUAUGUGGCCAAAUGUGUUUUGGACAGCUGUUUAGAGAGGGUUUGUAAAGAUUGGUAUAUUGAAAAUGGGGCAGUUUGGAAUAAUAAUUGGAUUAUAGUGGAGAUGAUGGAUUCUGUCAUUGCUGUUAACUUUUGAAUAUGUGCCUCUGUCUUGUGUCUGUCUCUGCCUGAUAGUGCUAUGUUGUUGUUUAGGAAUGUGAAGUAUCAUAUUACAUUUGAAAAAUUGGGUACAUGCAACAACUAUCCAGUAUUGAGUCCUCCCUUAAUUAACCAUUUUUUUCAUUGGGUUGGUCUGUUACAAAAGGUUAUGUAUUUGUGUAGUUUUAAAUGGUAAGUAACAGAUAUAUAAAUGUGGAUGCUCUUUCCUGCGUCUGUGUAUGUGAAUUUCCAAUGCUGUGCUUGAACCUCCACUGUUAAUCAAUGUAACAUUCCAGUCUUCCCCUUUUAUUCAUGAACUUUAUAAUAAACAAAUAAAAAACAAGAAAUCA